AUGCGACAUAGCAAGAGCCUCGUGAGGAGCGAGAUCGCCAUUCCGCCUCAGAAGCGAUACGUCAUUACGAUGCCGUUCACGGCCGUCGAGGAACAGCAUUACCAAAGUCUCUUUGAGGAGUUAGCAGAGACAUGUGGCUUAGACGGCCGUGGCAAUCCCUUGCAAGGCGAUUGGGACCCUGAAGACCCCGCUGUGCAGCGCGCAAUGCGCGUUGCACUGGACCGGCUCCGUCAGACUGUCUUGCACCCCGAGGUCGGAAACCGGAACCGGCGGGCUCUUGGUCACAAGGCUGGGCCAAUGAGGACGGUUACGGAAGUUCUUGACGCGAUGCUCGAGCAGAGCGAGAGCGCGAUGAGGACGGAUCAACGUUCCCUUCUUUCCACAACCUUAGUGAAGGGACAGAUCUUUGCCUGUCAAAAACGGGUCCAUGACGCACUCGCUGUCUGGCGCGAGGUUCUAGCCAAGAGCACGGAGCUGGUUGACGAGAGCCGGGCGCAGCUUGAUCGUGAGGUCCAAGAAGCCCAGAAAGCGAAAGCGAGCGAAACUCGGUCAGCGAUGGAAGAUGGCGAGGACGUGGAGGAUGACGAUGCCGAUGAUGUUGUGUCACCGCAGGUGGGAGAAGCCCGGCGGCGGCUGCGGUCGGCACUCGAGAUUCAACACCGCGCCGUCUUCUUCUGCGCAAACGCGUACUUCUCCAUCAAAUCGAACGAGGAAGAGACGCCGCCAGAUUCGGAUCAGUUUAAAUCUCUGGAGAAGAUGGAGGUUGAUGCGUAUGACCGAGCAAAGGAGAUCAGAAAAGAAAUCCUCCAGGAGAGCAACGGCAAAGCGAGGAAGCUGAUGGAACGGCUUACCAAGGCAGCGUCGGAACAAGCCUUCGCGGUCAUUCCGACCUUCACAUCCGUGGAGAAGAACGGUAUCGAGAGUCGGAGGAUUGGAGACGCCAUUGAGGAGCUCAACGUGGCAUUAGAUGAACAAGCGGCCAGGAUUGACGACUGGCGCGAGCACGUCAUUCAACUUCUUCUCAAGCCGCUCGUUGACGAGGAAAGCGGCGAAAUCACUGGAGAAGAAUACGAGCAAUCGACCAAACUGCAGGAGGAAAUCCUGGUUUAUCUUCAGAUUCUCCGGAAAGCAUGUGCCGACAGGCAUGCCGCAAUCACGGGCCAGAAGAACUUUCUGGUGGAGCACGAAACGAAGGUUGCGUCUAGGAUGGCCACGGCAGGAGAAGGCCCGUUUCCUGAGAAGUUUCUGGCGCUGCUGAAGGUUUGCGAAUCCGUUAGGCCGCCAUUUGUCGAGGGAGACCCCCUGACUUCGAUGCGCGGAAUCAUCUCGGAGUUGCGCGCCUUAUCAGUCAAGCUCAGGACUGACGCCGGCACGGGCUCCUCUCGAGCCACAAAGGAGCUUGCCAUUGUCUCGGGAUUGCUGAAGUCGACACUCCGUCACCAGACGGAGCAAACGAAGGCCGCAACGGCCCUGGAAAAGGAGAUCGAGCGGUUCAGGGACACCCUGAACGCUCGAAUCGAGUUUUACCGGCAGCUUCAGGAGGUCUCAGAUACGGUUCGGGAGUACGAGGGCUCUUUGGAGCCCGAUGCGCUAGAGAAUGCUAUGUUGAGGACGAUUGGGCAAGAAAGAGAACUGCAGGAGAAGUUGAACACUGCUCAAUCCAAACACCGCUACCUCAUGUUCCUCAAAGAGGCCGAAUCGGACUCACCGGAGCAGCGCAUGUGCGUCAUCUGCCAGUCGGACUUUACGGUGGGUGUCUUGACGGUCUGCGGCCACAUCUUUUGCAAGGAAUGCAUCACUCUCUGGUACAGGGCACACCACACGUGUCCGGUGUGCAAACGACACCUCAGCCAAUCCAACUUUCACGACAUCACGCUCAAGCCGCAAGAGCUGAAGGUGCAUUCGGAAGCGCACCAGGGAAGGGCCGGCGACCUGCAGGAAGCGCCUGUCACCCCUACGAAGAAGGUGUCAACAAUCUACACCGAGUUCAAUGCCGAGAAGCUGGCGGAAAUAAAGAACAUCGACCUGGAGGGCCCGAGCUUUACAACGAAGGUGGACAUGCUUAUACGCCACCUCGUGUGGCUGCGAGAGUCGGACCCGGGUGCCAAGUCGAUCGUCUUUUCGCAGUACAAGGAGUUUCUGGACGUGCUGGCGUUGGCGUUCAGGAGGUACCGCAUUGGUUUCACCUCGUUCGACAAGGCACACGGCAUCACCAACUUCAAGGAGGACCCGGGCACCGAGGUCUUCUUGCUGCACGCGCGGGCCCACGCCAGCGGACUGAACCUGGUCAAUGCCAGCCACGUCUUCCUGUGCGAGCCGCUGCUCAACACGGCGCUGGAGCUCCAAGCCAUCGCCCGCGUCGACCGCAUCGGGCAGCAGCACGAGACGACGGUGUGGCUGUACAUUGUCGACGGCACGGUAGAGGAGUCGAUUUACGAGCUGUCGGUGCAGAGGCGGAUGGAGCACAUGGGCCGUAACCUGAAGGGCGAGUCGAAAGAGUCGACACCCGAGCUGCUGGAUGCCAAGCUCGACGAGGCCAAUGCACUCGAGAUGCAGCAGGCGCACCUGUCGAAGCUGAUGGGGAAGGACGGCAUUUCGGGCGAGGCGGUGGACAAAGAUGACUUGUGGACUUGUUUGUUUGGGCAUUUACGUCCGGGGCAGGGACGGAGUGGGACGGAGCCGGCGAACCUGCCCGUACGGCGGUUUCUGGCCGCAGAGGCGGCAGAGGCGCGGAGACGUGAUUGA